AUGCAAAUGGAAACAUCUGAUGAAACUCUUGAAGAAUCAAUAAAUUCUUCAACAAAAUUAUUUGUUCAAAAUUUUCGUGAUCAAAAUAAUAAUAAACAAAUAUUAGAAGAACUUGUUAAUAAACAAAAACGAGAUAAAUUAUGGGAUAUUUAUUUGGGUACAUCUGGAGAUAUGAAUGAUAAAAUAAUUCGUGCUGAUAUAGUUCGUAUUCGUAAUAUUGAAAAACAAUUAGCAAAUAUGAAUGAAUACCACCGAAAUAAUAAUGAAUGGUCAUCAGUUACAGAUUUAUCUAUAUUAAGUUCACGUUUACGUACUCGACAUCGAUCAUCAUUAGAUCAUAAAAUUCUCGAAGAAUGGAAAGUGCUUGCUGAUGAAUUAAAAACUCAUGAAAAUUGGCCAUGGACUAUACAAAAAUUAAUUAUACGACGACAUUUACGACGACAACGACAUGCAUCAGAAGGUGGAUCAGUAUCUUGA